AUGGCAACAGCAGAAGCAUCUUCAACAGUACAGCCAGAGCAACAACAAGCAGGCCCAGAAGCUGUUCCAAGUUCUAGUGCAUGGCAAUCCUCAGGAUCUGUUGGCCCAUUUUUUGUUGUGAUGACUGUGCUUAUAAUUGUUGCUCUCCUUUCUUGUUAUUUGGGUCGAAGGUGGAAUCCAAGGGCUACAACCCCGUUAGAAAGUAUCAGAGGUAGAGGCUUUUUUGGGUGGCUAAAGCGUGUGUGCAGAGAACGUUUUGCCAAAGAUGUUGAAGUUGGUGGCGUUGGAGCGAAGGUGAUGGUUUGUGACCAAGAGGACAUUCAUUGUAUGGUCAAAGAUGGUGAGGUUGCUCACCAAAACAUAACCCAAGUUUGA